CCUGAAACAUAAAAGUUAAUUCCUUUCUAUAGGUAUUUCUUCUUCCCUUCGCGUUUUCAUUACAUUUCAUUCAUCAAAUCCAGUAACCCUGUCAUAACGUCUCUCUAUUACUUCGCCAAUAGCUUUCAACUCUAUCAACUCUAAGGCCGUCUUUCUUCUGAUCCGAUCGUCAAUGGCCCCAGAGGACGAUCCGAAUGCAUCGGUAGUUGAUGAGACUUACGAGUUUUUGGCACCACGGUUCUAUGACUUUGUUCACGGCGAGACUCAGGAGGAUGCACAUAAGGCCGAACUCUGGUUCGAGUCUGCACUCAGCUAUGCCCCUUCUCCUGUAAUGCCAAGGAUUAAGACUAGUAGAUUUGUGAAGCUUGAGAGUAUAUGUGACUUUACAGAAGGCGGACAGAUGCAGAAGGUGGUGGGUCACGGUUCAACUCCCCAAUCCUCCAUUGCACCAUCUCAUAAUCCAAAUGAAACAGCAUUGGUGCCAAUGGAAGUAACAAGGUCUUCCAUUGAGCCUAAACCAGUUCUACUCGAGGAAGAAAUGACUAAUCAUCAUGUAGUUAAAGAACCCUGUCAAGUAUUAUGUGAGGAGAAGCAGUCCAUUGUUCAAAACAAGCAGUCUUCACUCCUCCAAGGAGCAUGCACCCCUCUACCACCAAAAGAAACUACUCAGGCGGCAGUUCAGCUGAGUGAUGCUAAGAAGCAGCAGACAGACAGAAAGGUAUCAAGUACGAUUAGGAACCCUUCUGCAUUAAAGUCAAAGCCCCAAUCACAGAUGAGAAGUAUAAAUGUUGCAAGUGGAAGCAGGAACACAAACAGGAAAAAUACUUCAGGAGCUCCAAACCUUGUUCAAGAAAACCAAGCUAUAAAGAAGCAAAAACUUGAAGGGGGGAAAUCGAGACAGAUCCUCAACAUCAAACCCAUAAAUCUUCCUCAUAAAUCUAACAGCAAUUUCAACUUACAUCGUUCUUCUACAAGAAAUUCAUGCACAGAACACAGAAAGAUUUAUGUUCGGGAACCAGCAGUCCCAUUUGUUUCAAUGGCAGAAAUGAUGAAUAAGUUCCAAUCCAGUACUAGGGAAAUGUUAUUGCCACACAUGAAUUGUGCAAUGUCGCAAGAUGUUUUGGGCGGAUCAGUGCAAAGAAAGUCUAAACUUACACUCACUAUGCCCAAGGAACCUGAACUUGAAACAGCUCAACGUUAUCGUCCAGUAAAAUUCAAGAGCUCAGCCGAAUUAGAAGAAGAAAUGAUGGCAAAAUUUCCGAAGUUCAAGGCUAGGCCCUUCAAUAAAAAGAUCUUUGAAUCCCCAAGUUUACCAGCAAUGCAAAAGACUACACCCCAACUACCGGAUUUUAAGGAGUUUCACUUGGAAACCAUGGCACGGGCAAACCUAAAUGCUGAAACAUCUACCGUGGCUUCAUCAGAGCUCAAUCAGUGUCGUCCAUGGAAGCCCUCACAUCUUACAGCACCCAAAUCACCCAUUCUCCAAACCUUGAUGCGGGCCCGCCCUCCUAAGAUAAAAUCUUCUGAAGAACUCGAAAUUGAAGAAAUUGAAAACCUUCCCAAGUUCAAGGCAAGACCAUUGAAUAAGAAGAUCUUUGAAAGUAAAGGGGAUGUGGGGAUAUUUUUCAACACAAAGAGGCAGGCUACUGUGCCACAAGAGUUUCACUUUGCUACAGAUGAAAGGAUCCCACCAGCACCAACAAAUGUUGCUGAUAUAUUUGACAAGCUGUCGCUGAAUUCAGAACCACAAAAUGAGAGAUAUGUUCCUAGAAGUACCAUGAUAAAUCCUUUCCAUCUACACACAGAGGAGAGAGGGGCAGAGAAAGUAAAAAGACUAUUUGGGGAACUUCUGCAAAAACAGAUUGAGGAAGAAAGGGCUAGAGUUCCUAAAGCAACCCCUUAUCCCUACACCACUGAUUACCCCGUGAUUCCUCUAAAACCAGAGCCCAAACAAUGCACAAGACCAGAACCUUUUCAAUUAGAGAGUCUGGUUAGGCAUGAACAUGAAAUUCAAAGGGAAAUGGAAGAAAGGGAAAGGUUGGAGAAGGAAGAGGCCAUGAUGAGGAUAUUCAAAGCACAACCAGUUCUAAAAGACUGCGAUUGCAGGGACCCAAUUCCAGUUCCUGAAAAAACACGUAAGCCUCUCACUCAGGUUCAGGUGUUUAACCUGCAUCUGGAACAUCGUGCCAUGGAUCGAGCGAAAUUUGAUGAGAAGAUAAAGGAGAAAGAGGUUAUGUAUAAAAGGCACAGAGAUGAGGCAGACUCUGCGAGGAUGAUAGAGGAGCAGAAGGCAUUGAAACAGUUGAGGAGGACAUUGGUGCCACAUGCGAGACCAGUCCCGAAGUUUGAUCAACCAUUCUUACCUCAAAAAUCGUCCAAACAGGUGACAAUGCCGAAAUCACCUAAGCUGGAGGUUAUCAAGAGAAAAGAUGUGCGGAAGUUUCAUCCAAAAAUAGCAUCAGCAACCGCAAGUGUUGCAUCUAAGAUGAGGUGAAAUAUGAACGAAAGUGAGACCUUUUUGUUCUUCAAGAAGUCUUGAAAGGAGGAAAUAUUUGUAUGAUUUGUUGUUAAAGGUGGUGAGACGGAUUAUGUAAGGGAUUUGUGUAUAUUAUUCUAUAAGAACCAAAUAUAGUUUCCAAUAUAUAUUAG